AAAGAUCAGUAACUGUGCUGUGUAACUUAAUUUCUGUGAAUUGCUGUGCAUCUGUCUAUAUUGUGUAUAUUUAUAUAGAUUUGCAUCUUGAGAUUGUAGUUCAGAAAAGAAUGAUGACCUGCUUGUGAUACAACCUGUUAUAGAAAACAAUCAUCAGCCGUUUGGGAAUUUUGGAAAAACUGGGCACCAAAAGUCUCAGCAUAAUGGAAUGUCACGGUCUGCAUCUUUGCCUCUCACCAACGGAGUAGGAUCCCAAAGAAAGAAACCGCCUCCCAGACCUCCACCACCCAAAAAUAACCCUGGCAAGCUAACUCCGGAAAAGGCACACCCCAUUUUUCACAGGUUACAUAAGUUUUCAGUUAGAAAGAAAGGACACCCUCACCAAGAAUUGAAUGGACCAUCAAACAGACACAGUGUAGUAGGAGGUAUUGUAGGAAAACUCAGAGGCCCUCCACCGGCUCGCCCUCGUCCAGCAAGUACCCAUUCAUCUUUAUCAGCUCCAAGUACCCCUGCUACAGAUGCAUCACUAAUUGACUUCUCCUCUCCCCCUGGAUCCCCAACGACCAGGUCUGGUAGUGAUGGACUAAGUGUUAAUAGCUUUGGAAGUGAAUCAUCCUCGGGUAACCAAAGUUCAGGGUUUGAUGACAGUUUUGAUCCUUUUGGCUCCAUUAUGGAAAAUAAUGCCUUCUCUGGGGGCAAGGAAGUCGGUGGUUCUUCGUUCUUUACAGGAACCUCAUCAAAUAGAAGUUGUAACACAAUACCAGCUAAAGAAGUUGGAGUAUCUUCUUUCUUCACUGGAGGCUUUGGAAGUCAGCCAUUGCAAAAUGCAUCUAUUUUAGAUGAUGACCAAGACCCCUUUGAAAUGCUUGCAAGACGAACAGAGAUGGCUUCCAUACAGAGUAAGGCAAACUCUACGCCUACAGUAGAAGCUCCAAAACAUGGAAGUCCUGGGACUCUUCCACACCCUUCUGCUCAACCAGUAGCUCAGAUUCUAAGCAACAAUAAACCAAAAACAAAGCAAAGUUUCAAGCCAACAAUCAUUCGAACAAAAGCACCUGUAACAAGUUCCCAAGUUGAGAGUGCUGGUGAUACUAGUGCUUCAAAAGAUGAGCUAAAAACCAUUGAUUGGAGCAGUGGGUCAAAGACAUCUAAUGCAGCCUUUGGCACUGGGUGGGGGGACACAAACAUUAUCGAUCAAACAAUUCCUGAAGAACCUCCUCCGCCUCUGCCACCAAGACCUGAAACAGAGGAUGAUGAUCAAGAUAGACCAUAUGGUGUAGCAGAAUAUGAUUAUAAUGGCGAUAAAGAUGAUCUUGAUUUCAAGGUGGGUGAUGUCAUACAGUUGCUGUAUCGAGUGAACGAAGAGUGGCUUUGUGGACGUUGUGGGCUUAAGGAAGGCAUGUUUCCAGAGUCUUUUAUAAAAAUUGUUGUACCUCUUGCUGGUGAAAGUGUCCCAUCAAUUUCGUCCAGCAUCUCAGCACCUUUGGAUUCUGUAGGUACCCUAUCUACCUCAAGUUGGUCACCAACGCCAUCCAGUGAAGUUUCUGAUGAAACUAUGGUCACAGCUUUAUAUACUUUUCAAGCAGAAACUGUUGGAGAUUUGACUAUACAAGAGGGCUGUCAAGUGCGUGUUACUGGUCGUCUUAAUGAUGAAUGGCUCUUUGGAGAGUACAAUGGCAUGAGUGGGCAGUUCCCAGCCAAUUUUGUUGACAGAAUUCCUCCUGAUCUUCCCCAGAUAUGACGAAGCUAUUCUUAGGCUAAGAGAAUGUCUAUGAACUCUUGAAUUUUUUUUUUUUUAUCCUGAUGAUAGGUAAAACCUCAUUAGUGCUCAGUGAUCUGUAAAUACGUUACAUAUAGACAUCAUUAGUAAAUGGUAAAAUACCUAAGGGUAACAAGUGAAAUAAAUCAUUAAAAGGGUUUCUGGUGAAAGAACUUCAUCCUAAACUGUAAAGGAAAAUUUGCAGCACCCGUAACUUUGUCAGUAAGCUUGUUACUAUGCUUAGUCAGAAUUUUUAAAGAGGUCACAUUUUUGUACUAAACUUUUACAUUUUCAGUACAUUGCUAUGAAGUUUCACAUGAUUGUAAGUGUUCCAGUUAGAGGAGAAAUUUGGACGAGUGGAAGUUUUUCUGAAAGCUAAGAAAGGCAGUUGUAGUUGUUAACCUUGCUGCAAUUUUUUGUAACAGAUUUGUGAUAUGUGAAUAGGUCGUUUAUGAGCUUCUUUGUAUGAAGCAAUGUGAUAUUUGCUCAGAUUUCUGUUAGAAAUAUAUCUAUAAUUGUGUAUACAAGAGAUAGGAAAGAUAUAAUUUUUUAGUAUUGAAUAAUUUUAUUUUGUUGAAGUAAACAUCUUACUAAUGAAGUUCAUUUUUUUAAUCCAGGUUGGAUGAACCAAUGUACUUUGUUUCUAUACACUUUGGUCAUUUUAUUUGUUAUGACAUUAUUUUUUUUUUUUUUUUUUUUGCCAAGGAUAAUGCUGUCAGUACCAACUUAUGUUAAUUUAUCAACACUUGCCCUCUUGUCAUUAAUAUGGAGGAGAGACUAUCUUCCUUUAAGAGUUUAUACAUACUACUUUUAAGUCAUAGGCUAAGGGAUGUUUCCAUUUCAUAUGCGUAUUUCAACUAUUGUUCAGGAUCUUUGAACCCAAGCAUAUUCUAGAUACAUUUGAUUGAUCAUUGGUAUUAACUUUCUACAAGCACAGUACAAAUUAUUCCUCUCUUCCUGUAUUUCAUUGUUUAUAUACUAUGUUUUUCAAGUAAAAAUUUAUUUCUUUGCUAGUUAAAAAUUAGAUGAAGUGAUAUUUCAUGAUCCUGAAAGAUGAAACUUAAUCUACAAAAUCCUGAGACAUUCAAUAGUCAUUUAUUGUCAAUCUUGAAUGAUAAUUAAGCAUGUAUGCCUACAGAAACUUCCAUUUUAAAAAUGAUAUCCUAGUUACUAGGCGAGGUAAGAGGUAUUUCAUGUGUGUUACCUUGGAUUAGUCAUUUUUCGGUAAGUAUUAUUUUUAGAUGUACUACAGAAUUUAUAUGUUCAUAUGUCCUCUUCUCAUUUUAUUAAAUUUUCCUAUAUACGAUAAUUCAUCAUUUUGUAGCAAACCCAUUACUUUUAACAUUGCCUUUUUGUGCAUCAUAAGUGAGUCUUGGACAUGUCAUGCUACUUAAAAGGAAGGCGAUCAUCAGGUGACUUGGGUAGAUUGGUUCAUGUGCCUACAUUUCCUUGAAUCCAUAAUAGUUAACCGAACCUUAAUUAUGCCAACUGUUUACCGCUAAACAGUCCAGAGAUUCUGGGCUUUUGAAAUGGUUUACAAUUGUCAUGUAUUAAUUGUAGUUAUAAUGCCCUGUGUUUUGCUCUUGUAUAGGACCAAUUUUUUGCCUCUUGCAAUUUUUUGCCCACGGCACCCCUUGCUUUCCAUUUGCGUCCAGCCCUCGUCAGGUAACUUUUGAGUGUUGAUCUUCAGUGGACACUUUAUUGUCACAACUUAGGUUUCGUUGUUGUCUUACACCUAGUUAUUCCAUUAGGAACUUUGGGAUUUGCAGGGUCUUCUCAGUGUCAGAGAAUCAUUAAUGAAACUGCCUCCUAGGCUAUGGUAAUGAGGUUGAGAUGAUAUACAUGUAACUUUUAAGAACAAGAUUUAUUUUUUCAAUAUUAACUCAUUAACUGAAGGCUCUGUUGUAGCUGGAUUGUAUACAGAGCGAUUCAUUUAAUUAAUGAGGACUUACCAACCUACCUGAGCCAUCUGAUCUUGUUUUUCUUCAAGUGGAAUGAUGCCUGGGAUUCACAGAGGAGAGACUAAUAGGCUAUGUUAAAGUAUUGGUUUGUAUUGAAUUUUUUUCCAAAGAUUACCAUGUUUGAUGGCUUGAUAACUUCUGCCUAUCUGAUUUUAUGGUAUUUUGUUAUUACAGUAGAACUAUUAUUAAAAAGAUUUUCCUGCCAUUCUACUGACAUGUUUUUUCCCCGUUUGUCUGCCAUACUUCAGCCUUAUAUUUUAAUAACGUUAAAUGCUUACAAGUAAACACACUUCUUUCCUUAAUAAUCCUUGCUGAAAAGUUGGGGAGGAUCUUGUGUGCCUGGAGGUCUUAAAACACCAUCAAACAUGGUAUUACCUUUUUUUUUCUUCUUUAUACGGAGACCAUUCUGAAUAAUUUUUUGUAAUUUUUCUAUCUGAUAGGUUCGUCUUUUUAAUAAGAACUCUGUGGAUUUGUUUUGAGUACCCAAACAUCCAUGCUUAAGUGGUGCUAAUGUUAUCCUAUUCAUUGAAGGUGGAACACUUCAGAAUAGAAAGAAAUUAUUUGACUACUUGAGUAGUCAUUUAAAGCAUUUUCUUGUAAGAAAGUGGAAUAGUAAUUAGUAUUUUUUGCCAAUGGUACUUUAGAACAUAACAAAAUAUGUAUAGCCAAGUAGUAUAAGCUGUUUCUUACCAUCACUGCUUUUAGACACAUCCACUUGUAGUUGAACUUUUCCAAGAAAUAAUUGUACAUAAAUUUCAAUUUACAGUUUAUUAAAAUAUAUUUAUAAUGUUUUGUGUAAAAUAGAACUUUUCUAAAUGGUUAUACACUGUUUAGUAGUAUACUUUUUCAGUGGACACCAAUAAUAAAAUCAGAAAUACUUGUGGGAAAUGGCUUGGAUUUUUAGGUGGUUUUAGUUAAAUGCAUUAUAAAAAGACUUGGAUUGUUUUGAAAUUUGAUGCAAGAUAGAUUUUACAUAGGCAAAAAUGGUUACAAGCAAAUACUUUUUGACAUUUUUCUCAUUUUACCUAAUUAAGUUUAGUAAAAAAAAUUUUGUACUUACAGUUUUGAAUGCAAAUAACCUGAAAUGAUAGGGUUAGAGACAGGGUUAGAGACAUCACCUUACAACAUCAUAACUAGUGGAAAAUACUUAUGUAAAGGAUUGUAUGUAUUUUCCACUAGGAAAAGACAUACAGUCCCUUACAUAUGUAAAAGUGAUGAACAUUUACCAUAUGAACACAAGUUACUAUUUUAAAUUGAGUUUUGGACUUAAAGAAAACCAUUUAUCAUAUUGUACUUCUAUUACUGUGGUAACAUAUGGUAAGUUACUAUCUUAAAUUGAUGAGUUUUGGACAUUUAUUUAAAGAGUUCUUUAUCAUAUCGUACUUCUGUUAUCAUGGUAACGUGAAAUAAAUUUUAUUCUUUUGCCCAGCCCCUGUUAGUCUAGUUAUGUGUAUGGUGGUCUGGUGAAAAACAUUACUAUAAUCAUAAGUGAAGAUUUUUUCAAUUGAUUUCUAGAAGGUACGGCUGAAAUAUUCAUGAAAUAAAAGUAUUUUCUAACUGUAUGAUUAUGAAAUAUAUUUUCACCAGUUCACUUCUGAACUACAAGGGAAUAUUAUGUAAGGGAUUAAUAGACCUUUCUAGUGAUACCUGGUAUAAAGUUUUUGUUUCACCAAGUCCUUUGUUCCUUAUUCUACCUAAAAGAUUUACUGAUUUUUUUUAAAGACUUUUAAAAACUUGUAUUUAAAUACUUCCAUUCAUAACAAACCUUGUCUUUUCAAGUUCAUAUCUUGAUUAUCAAAAUACCUGAUUUAUGUAACUAAUCAUGUCCUGAAUAUCAAAAUUUCAUGAGAUUGACAAAACUGCACUCUAGACCUCAAUGUGCUUUACUUGACCCACUCCAGGCCAUUUGACAUAGUUUUUUCUUCUCCAAUUCUGUAGUAUAGAGGUAACAAUAAUUUUUUACACUGUUGCAGUGGCUAGCAGUCCUGCAAAGAUUGAAAUCCAUUGUAAUAACUUUGAUAUUGCAGAUACUUUAGGUUUGAAGUUAACUUUUGGCAGUCUGUAAGGUUGCAAUUAUCACUGCAACGAAGUUCCUGCUAGUGUAUCCUGCUGCUGUUUUGCAUUAUUGAUGCCAAAGAUAUUUGGUAGAAAAAUGUCAUGAUAAAGGUCUUAGUGUGUGUGAUACAACAAGACAUAGAAGAUGUAAUGCUGUGCAUUAAUGAUCUAGGCAAGCUCCAGUUGUACUGUAAUGUAGAGUAAGAGAUAAUCUGAAGAAUGCUUGUCAAUAUAGUGUAUGCUCUGUCUGUUUCAUAUUUUGUAGCACAGCUAAUGUUAAGACAGAAUUGGCCAAAAAUUUUAAUUCUUUAAGUCACUACAAAUUCCCUGACAAUUUACAUUAAGAUCACAAAUAAUAAUUAAGUUUUCAAGUGGUAAUAGGUAUUAUCCCUUCCCUAAGCCCCCCGUCCACAUGGUCGAGCUUUGCUCAACGAACUCUGUUCGAUGUGGCGUCAGAAGUGGGAAAAGUCGGAACCUUGCCCAUUGGUUCUCCGCUUCUGACGUCACAUUGAACAGAGUUCGUCAAGCAAAGCUCAAGCGUGUGGACAGGCCUUAACCCUGCAUGCAAACCGAAUCAUCGUUAUGCACCAAGUUUGUUAAAAUGUAGCUAAAGUGUAUCUCCCCUAUAUCCCUCAGUAAGAACCAUUGGACAUAAAAAUUUUUUGUUAGUGAUGUUAAAUGUUCUGCCCAAGAUUAUGUAGAGUAAUAGAAAGUGCCUUGGUUACCUUUUUGGAUUAAUUAAUGGUAUCUGACAGUCUACUUUGUUAAACAGUACAGUUAGCACUGUCUGAUGUUGUGUGGUGAGCUUUUAUUGACAACCUUUCUUUCGUUUGUAUGUGGCAAAACCUUGUUAUUUUAAUGACAUUUUCCUUUCAAAAUGUGAUCAUUUAUACAGUAGCAUGGAAUCUGGAAUAGUUUUCUUGGCAACCCCAUCUUGCUGAACUGUACAUUGAAUUCAUGGUGAUGCCAUUUCUCAUUUGAUAUUUUAUUAGUAA